CAAAAGCCGCUGCGAUUGGUGUCGCUGUGUGAGAAUACAUCGAUUACGCGACGACGGGCAGCCGCGCGCACAUAUCGCUGCGCGAGCGCGCUCUUCCCCACGCCGCUGUCUCGCAACAGCACAAUUUUUAUCUCCCGGCGCCGCUGCGGCAGCAAGAAAUAGGGCAGCAGCAACAUGGGCGCCGGCGGCAGCGCCCCGAAGGAGGAGAAUAACGAUGGGCAGCCCCCGCUCGAACGGCAGGGCAGCUUCGAUGAACAAGGAGACGACACGGAGCGGCGCAUGCUCGCCGACCCGUCGACGCCGCGCAACCUGAGCCACCCCAUCGAGUCCAAGGACCACUUCGACGACGAGGCGCCAUCACUCACAAGCACGCGCACCGUGAGCUUCCGCGACCCCGCGCACAGCGUCCGGGACAAGAAGUCGAGCUCGAGUUUACUACGAGAGAUGGAGAAGCGCGAGCAGGAGGAGUUAAGGGUGCAGACCGAGGCCAUCCACGUGCUGGAGGCCGACGAGGGCACGGGCGAGCACGAGACGCACGGGAAAUGGCAUGACCGUUUUCUCCCAAAAAAUAUGAUGAAGCAGGUGAGCCAAUGGGCGAACAAGCGGCGCAAGUGGGAGGCGGGCGAGACGUUCGGGGACGCGUCCUGGAACGCGCACACGGCGGCGUUGUGUACGUCGGCUACGUCCGUGGUCAAUGUGGAGGAAACCAUGAACGUCUUUGCUUACUUGGAUAAAAAUCGAGACGGCCGCGUCGACGUCGAGGAGCUGCUGCAGGCCGGCGAGUCGCCGUAUGUGCGACGGUUGCUCCGUUCUACUAGGAAUUUUGUACUUGUAUCUCUCAUGAGGAGCAUGGAGGAUCCUGUAAAAUUCAGAGAACUGUUUGCAGAAUUAGAUGAAGAUGGGGAUGGCCUCAUUGAGGAGAACGAGUGGCGCCAUUUUAUCCAAAAACUCGCCCAUGAACGAAUAAGAUAUCUCAAAUGCAAAGGUCUGACGACGGGCCGGUGCUUCUGGGGCCGCGGCUACAAGCAGGACUACUACUACCAUUUGUGCAACAACCAUCCUCUCCUCCAAUUCUUUCUGCGGGACCCGGACUACCCGUGUACGACGUGCCAGCUGAUCCUGAAGGAGUUUGUUGUCCUAAGUUACAUGGUUUAUGCGGUGGCGGAGUCCUUCGUGCUUACUAGGAGAGCUAUAGGUGGCCGGCCGCGCUGCGACGCCGAGGGGGCGUACCUCAAGGAGCGGCUCAUCGAGUAUGGUAUUACGGUCGGCGUCGUCACCGUGCCGUGUUUGAUCCUGAAUCAGAUGAUGUUCCACUUGUUCGUGUGCCCCUGCUACGUGUUUGAGAACCAGCGGGACCCGAUGGAGGAGCGGUGGCACAAGGUCGUCAAGUGCGGCUUCUACUCUUCCCAAAUCAUCGCGGCGUACUUUAUACUGGUGAACGCGGUGGCGGCCUGGACGGCCUUCGAUCGGAUGAAUAAAGAAUAUUUGUGUUUCUGGGAGUUUUUUAUUAUGGGCCAGUUCAACAAGUACGCGUACUUUCCUUUGAUGACGCUCGGCCAGCAGUUCAAUCCUUAUGUUGAUAACGUCAAAAUUUGUAGAUGGACCGCCAUCGGUAAAUAUAAUGUCGAGAAGCGGCAAGCGAGAGGCCACGCGCUGCGCAAGGCCAAGUCCAUGAAGGAGCACAUCGGGUUAUUGCGCGACGAGGUGAAGGACAAGUCGUCGUCGGUGCACAAGGAACCUUUUUUCGUAAAGAUAGCCGAAGCGCCGGACGGCGCGGAGGACGCGCGCAUGGUCGGCGACGAAGGCAACGAGCACCUGUGCAUCCAUCAUUUGGAUGCGAUCGUGGCCCACCACGAGAUGGGCGACCAGCACCACGACGACGACGUCGAGCUGCCGCCGUCGAUGUUCUCUGGAAGUGGAAGUGGUAACGCGAACGCUGCCGCCGCGACCGCUGUUGGGGGUGGGGUCGCUGCCGUCGUCGCCGCGGGGCUCGCUGGCGGUGCGCCGGUCGACGCGCUGUGUAGGGUAUAAGUUUGAGCGAGGGUA